AUGGAUGUACCAGAGGGGAAUGGAAACCCUUUGGGCAAUGGACUCGGUCGAGCUAGGCAAACUCGACCGAUUGGUCUAGGAGAUGCUCCAAACCGCCAUCAACAGAGACAAGGGAUUGUUCCACCACCAGUGCAGAACCACAACUUUGAGAUCAAGCUGGGAAUGAUCAACCUUGUUCAGAACAAGAUGUUCCAUGGAUUGCCAAGUGAAGACCCCAUUGACCACCUUGAUGAGUUUGAUAGGCUUUGCGAUUUGACAAAGAUCAAUGGUGUCUCUGAAGAUGCCAUCAAGCUGAGACUCUUUCCUAUGUCUCUAGCUGACAAAGCUCACCAAUGGGAGAAGAGCUUGCCCCAUGGCACAAUCACCACUUGGGAUGAAUGCAAGAAGGCCUUUCUUGCUAAGUUUUUCUCCACCGGUCGCACAGCCAAGCUUAGGAUGCCCACAUCAUGGCUUCAUCAGGGAGAGAGGAAGAUGGUAACCUUCAGACAGCUAGAGAUACUCUUUGGCUUCACUUAUGGAGAUGGAAACCUAUGGGAUAUCAAGGAAGAUGAACUCCAACGAGUAUGGGCUACAAUUGCUAAAGAGGGAUACUCUUCUUCAAGGUCAAAGGCUGCCCAAAUCGGGAACCCAGUGCUGAGAUAUGUCCACAAGGCUCUUGCCCACACCUUCUUGACAUGGGAAUCAAGCCCAUCAUCUCACGCACAAGGGAUGGGAAGAAGAUCAGAGGAGAUAGGGCUCACGCAGGAAACCUCAUGCCUUUCCUUGAGUAGCUGCUCUCCUACAAGAUCACGGCCUACUGAUGGCGGGUUUAGAUUGCCUCAAAUUUUCACAAUUUAUAAACCCAACUAA